CGGCGGGAGGGGCCGGGCGGGACCGGGGCCGCACCGGAGCUGGGACCCGACCGGAGCGGACGGGCCAGGCCGGGCCCGGGCCGGAGCGGGGGGCGGCGGCCAUGGCGCCGCGGCUGCAGCUGGAGAAGGCGGCGUGGCGCUGGACCGAGACGGUGCCGCCCGAGGAGGUGGCGCAGGAGCACAUCGAAGCGGCCUAUCGCGUCCGGCUGGAGCCCUGCCAGCGCGGCGCCUGCCGGAGGAACUGCCGGGGAAACCCCAAUUGCCUGGUGGGCAUCGGGGAGCACGUCUGGCUGGGCGAGAUCGACGAGAACAGCUUCCACAACAUUGACGACCCCAACUGCGAGCGCCGCAAGAAGAACGCGUUCGUGGGCUUAACGAACCUCGGCGCCACGUGCUACGUCAACACUUUCUUGCAGAUGUGGUUUCUUAACUUGGAGCUCCGGCAAGCCCUCUACUUGUGUCCCAGCACCUGCAGCAAGCUGGCGUCCGGAGAGGGCAUCCCGAGCGACAAAGACUACGAGCCCCAGACGAUCUGCGAGCACCUGCAGUACCUGUUCGCCUUGCUGCAGAACAGCAAGCGCCGCUACAUCGACCCCUCCGGCUUCGUCAAGGCGCUGGGGCUGGACACGGGGCAGCAGCAGGACGCCCAGGAGUUUUCCAAGCUGUUCAUGUCACUGCUGGAAGAUACUUUAUCGAAACAAAAAAACCCAGAUGUUCGCAACAUAGUGCAAAAGCAGUUUUGCGGGGAGUAUGCCUACGUCACGGUCUGCAACCAGUGUGGCAGGGAGUCCAAACUCAUGUCUAAAUUUUACGAGCUGGAGUUAAACAUCCAAGGGCACAAGCAGCUGACAGACUGUAUCACGGAAUUUCUUAAGGAAGAAAAAUUAGAAGGGGACAAUCGUUACUUCUGUGAAACGUGUCAGAGUAAGCAGAACGCCACGAGGAAGAUCAGGCUGCUGAGCCUUCCCUGCACCCUCAACCUGCAGCUCAUGCGUUUCGUGUUCGACAGACAAACUGGCCAUAAGAAAAAACUCAACACCUACAUCGGCUUCUCCGAGCUGCUCGACAUGGAGCCUUUUAUGGAACAAAAAAACGGCGUCUAUGUGUACGAACUCAGCGCCGUCCUCAUCCACCGCGGCGUGAGCGCCUACUCGGGGCACUACAUCGCCCACGUGAAGGACCCGCAGACGGGCGAGUGGUACAAGUUCAAUGACGAGGACAUCGAGAAGAUGGAGGGGAAGAAACUGCAGCUGGGGAUUGAGGAAGAUCUAGCGGAACCCUCGAAAUCCCAGACGCGCAAACCCAAGUGCGGGAAGGGGACGCACUGCUCGCGCAACGCGUACAUGCUGGUGUACAGGCUGCAGAGCCGCGAGAAGUCCCCCACCAUCGAGGUGCCAGCUUUUCUGCAGGAGCUGGUAGAGCGCGAUAACUGCAAGUUCGAGGAGUGGUGCAACGAAAUGGCCGAGAUGCGCAAGCAGAGCGUGGCCAGGGGCAAGAUCAAGCACGAGGAGGUGAAGGAGCUCUACAAAAGGUUACCCGCCGAAGCUGGUUCCCCGUACGAUUUCAUCUCUCUGGACUGGCUGCAGAAGUGGCUGGAUGAGUCGACUCCCCCCAAACCCAUCGACAACUCGGCCUGCCUGUGCUCCCACGGCAAGCUGCACCCCGACAAAAUCCCCAUCAUGAAGAGGAUAUCGGAAUACGUGGCCGAUUUCUUCUACAGGAGAUACGGCGGAGGGCCCCGGCUCAACGUCAAAGCACUUUGCAAGGACUGCGUGGUCGAAAGGUGUCGAAUCCUGCGGCUCAAAAACCAGCUAAACGAAGACUACAAAACCGUCACGAACUUGCUGAAGGUCACAGUCAAGGGGACCGACGGGUUUUGGGUGGGGAAGGCGUCCCUGCGGAGCUGGCGGCAGUUGGCCCUGGAGCAAUUAAACGAGCCAGACGAAGACACGGAGCACAGUAACGGCAAAAUGAACGGAAACACACAAAAUAAAGAUGAAUCAAACGAAGAGAAGAGAGAGGAGGAAGAGGAGUUAAAUUUUAAUGAAGACAUCGUUUGCCCACAUGGUGACCUGUGCAUAUCCGAAAACGAGCGGCGGGUGGUUUCCAGGGAAGCCUGGGCGAAACUCAAGCAAUAUUUUCCAAAGGCCCCUGAAUUCCCAAACAACAAAGAGUGCUGUUCGCAGUGCAAGAUUUUGGAGCGCGAAGGGGAGGAGAACGAAGCUCUGCAUAAGAUGAUGGCCAGCGAGCAGAAGACUUCUCUCCAGAACCUGUUUCACGACAAAUGCAGACCCUGCCUGGGCAGCUGGCCGCAGGAGACGGAUGAGCUGUACAUCGUUUCGCAGUUCUUUGUAGAAGAAUGGAGGAAAUUCGUCAGGAGGCCGACGCGAUGCAGCCCCGUCUCCUCGGUGGGAAACAGCGCUCUGCUCUGCCCCCACGGAGGCCUCAUGUUCACCUUCGCUUCCAUGACGCAGGAGGAUUCCAAACUUAUAGCUCUAAUAUGGCCCAGCGAGUGGGAGAGGAUUCAAAAACUCUUCGUCGUGGAUCACGUCAUCAAAAUCACCCGAACGCAGGCGGCCGGGGGGGACCCCGAGGGCGCACGUUACGUCUCUGAGCCCCAGCUCUGUCCAGAGUGCAGAGAAGGGCUGUUAUGCCAACAGCAGCGCGACUUGCGGGAGUACACCCAGGCAACCAUCUACAUCCAUAAAGUGGUGGAUAAUAAAAAGGUAAUGAAGGACGCUGCUCCGGAGCUGAACGUGAGCAGCUCAGAAGCUGAAGAGGACAGGGAGGAAAACAAGCCAGAGGGGGAGCAAGACCCAGAUUUUAACCAGACCAACGGCGGCGCGAAGCGCCAGAAGGUCUCGCACCAGAGCUACGUCACGUACCAAAAACAAGGCAUCAGGCGGAGCACCCGGCACCGCAAAGUCCGGGGGGAGAAAGCGCUGCUGGUUUCUGCUAAUCAGACGCUGAAAGACCUGAAAAUUCAGAUCAUGCAUGCAUUUUCAGUUGCUCCCUUCGACCAGAACUUGUCCAUCGACGGGAAGGUCCUGAGCGACGACACGGCCACGCUGGGCAGCCUGGGGGUCAUCCCCGAGUCCGUCAUCCUGCUCAAGGCUGAUGAACCGAUUGCAGAUUACGCGGCGAUGGACGACGUGAUGCAAGUUUGUAUGCCUGAAGAAGGGUUUAAAGGGACUGGUUUACUGGGACACUGAUGGGUUUCUAAACAGAGGAGCAACCAGAAGGGGAAGAGGAUUUUGACGUGGUAGGGCAUUAAAAGAACAAAAACAAAGUGGAUACGGGACUGACCUCUUUGACUCUUCCGGAAGGCAGGAGAAAAACCCCAUUUCUGAAAUGACUGCCCCCAAAAAACCACACAAAAAAUGCCUUAUGUCAAAGCAGAUUGCACUGAAGGACACCCUGCCUCGGAGAGAACGUUCCUGAUUUUCUAUUUAAUAAAGCGAGGGGAAGGUUGGGCAGUUUGGGAGCGGAAGGAGCGUUGUUGUGUUUACAGGCCGGGGGGACGGAGGCGUUUUUGGGGUGUUUUCCCGUCUCCGCUCCCAACUAAAGGGUCAGAAUCCAAGUCCAACCCACCUCCCGUCACUCUAUAGGCGUCAAUCCUGUCUUUGAUCCACUCUUAUCUUUCAGUACCGCAUGGAAGUAAAGAAAUUGUGACUUGUGAGGAAUGUCUAGCUCGUUUGGAAUCUAAACUUCAUUGAUUUCACCCAAAAAGGCAGCUGGGGGCUGAGCGGGGCCGGGGCGCCGCUCGCCUUCGCUUCCGCACCUGGGAUGAGUUUCCAAUGACCACCUGGUUACUUUUUCCUCUGUGAACUGUGGUUUUUAGAAACGUUGGGAUAUUUGGGGUAUUUUAACGACUUUGGAGAACAUCAGGGCCGGCGUUUGUGCCCCUGGUGGGAUUGAGACCGCGGGGGGGGUUUCCCAUGGGAAGAAGUUGCUUUUAUUCCCCUUUAUUCUCAUUUUAUCAGCAAUGCACUAAUUAUUAUCAUUCUUGUUCACAUCCGCACGCCCCCAAAGGGAUUGCGGGUAUCCAGAUCCUAAACUUGGACGUUUCCUCUUCCUUUUUCCAACCUUUUCACCCAUUUCCGUGGCAAAACCGCCAUGCGGGGGGUCAAGUCGCUGCCGCAUCAACUUGAGGUUUUAAAGCAUUUUGGGGGUGUAUCGCACCGCGGGAUUACAGCCGCGUGAGGCCCCGUGUCCCCAACAGGUCAAAGCAACCGCCGUUUUUGGAGCUGUGAAGCUCUUAUAAGGUGAUUUUUGGGACAAUUUGGCCCCGUGUAUCCUUUCCCAAGGUGAAGAUUGGGAGCUCAUCACCCCGCAGCCCCCUCCAUCCUUUUGGAACAGCAGGAGCUUUUCUUCCUCCCAGCCCGAAGCACUCGCUCGUGUACAUAUUUCCUGGAAAUUCCAGUUUAUUUUCAAUUUGCUGUUAAUUUUUCUUUAUGUUAAAAAUAAUAAUAAUAAUAAUAAUCUCUUCCUUGAGCGUAUGUUGCAAAAUGAGAAGUUCCGAGCUCAGCGGGAAGGCCGGGACGGGGGGGGACGAGGGGGGCGCAGGUACACGGUGGCGGCAAAGGCCCGGUGACCGUUUUGUCUGUUCUUUGCAAAUUAUUAUCCAAUUAAAAUUGUCAUUUGAGCA